UCAUUAUAAAAAUAUUGCCAAAAACAACAACUAAUUUUACGAUGAGAAUUUGAAGAGAACAGUUUUAUGCAAAAACAAACACCAUAGUCGAGCCACACCCGUUCAAAAUUUCAAAGUCAAUCAAUUGGAAAACAUCAAAAGCACUUAUAACCAAAUAAAAAAAAAUUCUUAGAGGUAAAAAUGACUUCCAACAAUUCAGUAAUUAUAAUAAUUGUGAGUUCGAUUCAGUUCACAGUAACUGUUUUCGGCCUUCCGGGAGAUCACGCGUGUUAUGGGAACGAAAUUUACGAAUACAUUUGCGAGCCGGCGACGCCGUGCUCCGAAGACAACGAGUGCGGAAACCGAGAACUGUGUUGCGACGGAAUCUGUAGAGUUUCGUCCCGAGAUGAAUGCAAGGAGCCCCCGUUAACAAUCGUAAUCCCAAUCCUUUCCGUCUCUGUAAUCGUGCUGGCUACUUUCCUUGCUUGUGCCUCUAUAGUCUACAAUCACAAAAAUGGGUGCUGCAAAACAAACCGGAUUGAAAACAGUCCAAGAUUCCCUUCUACGUUAUCUACAAAUUCUCCAUACGAUAUCAAACCGACUCUUCCGAGUUACUCCGAAAACUGUCGAGACGAAGUCAUUGUAAUCCCCAAUACAGGAAGUUCAGCUUCAUCGGAAAAUAAUAUAAAUGAAAAUGAAGGAAUAUUCAACACCAAUACCCCUCCCCCACCCUAUUCUCAGGAAGUGAUGAUGCCAAUGCCCCCACCCAGCAAUAGCGAGACCCAAGAAGGUCCCCCUCCCGACUACUGGGCCAACGCAAUUAAGAAAACUAACUGCAAAUUGUGAACUUUAUGCUUUAUAGAUUUAGAAAUUUUUUAGAACACUGUUAGAGUUAGAGAU